AUGCACUACGCACACUUCCUGCUUAAAAUCUAUGAUAAAUCUGCUUCCUGCCACACCUUGCUGGCACAGUGGUUAACAGCCCACUUCAAGAGCCCACCGUAUUUGAUCCUUGAACGCCCAAGAAGUCUGAAGCUCGACUCCUGCCUGUUGCAAACCACAUCCAACUGCACUCCGAUGCACGUCCACAUGGACCCGCUUGCUACCCUAAUCAGCAUGGUAGUCAUCUUGGACGUGAUGAUGGCCCCCGUGCUGGGCCAUUAUGCGGCCGUCAAACGGGUCCGAAAAGGGAACGAAAACCUGACAUGUUUCAAUUGUCCAAGAGAGGGCUACCAAGCAGCUUACAAGGGUCAGAGGACUCUCUCCGUUUCUUCACAUAACACUGGACGGGGCUGUUCAUUACUCACCUCACAAAGCUCCGAGACAUCAGCCUGUCCUGGCAUUGUCUCCGGUAAGGAAUGGACAUGUGACGUGCACAGUGGAUACCAGACGGAAGAAAGUGAUCAAAUGGCGCUGCAAAGACAGUUAAAAGGUACACCAUAA